AUCAUAAUAAGAAAGAAGUGCUCUAGUCUAUUAUUAGAUUAGCUUAGAUUUUUUGGUGGACUGCUUCGUGAAAUGGCUUCCAAAUUAUCUUCAAAGUCGGUAAUCUCAGCUGCCACAGGGCUUCAGCUUCCUGUCAUCGGACUAGGCACCUUUCAGAACUGGGAGGAAGCUGUGCUAGUAAAGACCCUCAACACUGCCCUAGAGCUAGGCUACCGUCUGAUAGACACCGCCUUCCUCUACCACAACGAACACAUCAUCGGCAAGGUCUUGCAGGAGUGGUUCAUCAGCGGCAGGCUCAGACGCGAUGACAUUUUCAUUACUACCAAGCUACCGCCUCAGGGCGCUAACCCCAAGUACGUGGAAGAGUUCAUAGAGAAGCAACUUAAGGCUUUACAACUGGAAUAUGUUGACUUGUACUUGGUACACCACGCUAUAGGUUGGAAACACGGGGAAGAGCUACAUCUCAGUGAAGGAGAUAAUGACAACUCUGGCUUACAAUUGGAUCCCACCACGGACCACGUGGCUAUAUGGAAGGAAAUGGAGAGACAGGUAGACGCUGGCCGUGCUAAAUACAUCGGUCUGUCCAACUUCAACAUCAACCAAAUUAAGAGGGUGAUGAAAACCGCAAGGAUACCUCCGUCCAACUUGCAGAUAGAGCUGAACUUGUUCCUGCAAAGUAAGGAGGAACAGGAGUUCUGCAGGAAACACGGUAUCACUAUAACCUCCUACGCUACUCUCGGCUCACCGGGCGUUCCUCAGGGGUUCUUCAUCGGUGCCUACGAGAACCCCCUCAAAGAUCCUCUGGUGGAGAAACUGGCACUGACCUACCAGAAGACACCGGCCCAGGUGCUGCUGCGUCACGUGGUACAGCUAGGGGUGGCAGUCAUCCCCAAGAGUGCCCAUCCACUUAGGCUCAAGGAGAAUCUGGAUAUCUUCGACUUUGAACUGACGGAAGCCGACAUGUGUCAACUGAACGCCCUGGAUCGCGGGGAGGCGGCAAGAAAAUUUGUUCUUCAGGUAUACUCGUCACACCCGGAGAACCCUUACCCCAGCACAAGGGUGCAGCACAAAUAGCUUACAUCUGGGGAUCCAUCUCAAGAUGUACUGGGGUCCAACAAUGCCUCAUCGAUUUUUUUUAGAAUAAAGCACGUUAUGUGGUA